AUGUCGUCCCAGCUCUCUGCUCCUCCGAGCGGCGCGCCGAUCAAGGCCGCCCGCACGCGCGGCGCCUCGCACAUUGACUUCAAGUCGGCCACGACAGGCGUCGCGGCCAAGGCCAUGCGCAACGAGCUCAACAAGAUGGUCGCCGGCAUCGAGGACCCCGUGGCGCGCAAGGCAUUCGACGCCGAGAUGUCGUCGUUCUUCACCCUCUUCAACCGCUACCUCUCGGAGCGCGCCAAGGGCGAGAAGCUCGACUGGAACAAGGUGCACGCCCCGGCGCCCGAGCAGAUCACGCCCUACGCCGAGCUGCCGAAGGCCUCGGACCCGAGCCUGCUCAACAAGCUCGCCGUGCUGAAGCUGAACGGUGGCCUGGGCACGACGAUGGGCUGCACUGGCCCCAAGUCGGUGAUUGAGGUGCGCGAGGGCAUGACCUUCCUCGACCUCUCCGUGCGCCAGAUCGAGCACCUCAACUCGACGCACAACGUCAAUGUGCCGUUCAUCCUGAUGAACUCGUUCAACACGGACGACGACACGGCGCGCGUGAUCCAGAAGUACGCCAACCACAACGUCGAGAUUCUCACGUUCAACCAGUCGCGCUACCCGCGCGUCAACAAGGAGAGCCUGCUGCCGUGCCCGCGCAGCGCCAUCUCCGACAAGAGCCUGUGGUUCCCGCCCGGCCACGGCGACCUGUUCGACGCCAUGUACAACUCGGGCCUGCUCGACCGCCUGAUUGCCGCGGGCAAGGAGUACAUCUUCGUCUCGAACGUCGACAACCUCGGCGCCACCGUCGACCUCGAGAUCUACCAGCACAUGGUCGACACGCAGGCCGAGUUCAUCUCCGAGGUCACCGACAAGACCAAGGCCGAUGUCAAGGGCGGCACCCUCAUCGACUACGACGGCACGAUCCGCCUCCUCGAGAUUGCGCAGGUGCCCUCGGAGCACACCGAGGAGUUCAAGAGCGUCAAGAAGUUCAAGAUCUUCAACACCAACAACCUGUGGCUCAACCUCAAGGCCAUCAAGCGCGUGCUUGAGAACGACGAGCUCGACCUCGAGAUCAUCGUCAACAACAAGUCGCUCGACAACGGCGAGGCCGUGAUCCAGCUCGAGACGGCCGUCGGCGCGGCCAUCAAGCACUUCCGCGGCGCCAAGGGCGUCAACGUGCCGCGCUCGCGCUUCCUGCCCGUCAAGAGCACGGGCGACCUGCUGCUCAUCACGUCGGACCUGUACAACCUCGAGCACGGCGUGCUCAAGAUGAGCGCCACGCGGCAAUUCCAGCAGACGCCCGUCAUCAAGCUCGGCGACACGUUCAAGAAGGUCGCCAACUUCCAGAAGCGCCUGAAGAGCAUCCCCAACAUCACCGACCUCGACCACCUCACCGUCGCCGGCGACGUCGUGUUCGGGCGCAACGUCGUGCUCGCGGGCACGGUGAUCAUCAUCGCCACCGAGGGCAGCCACAUCACGAUUCCCGACGGCAGCAUCCUCGAGAACAAGCUCAUCAGCGGCAACCUGAGCAUCAUCGAGCACUAA